GUUUGCAGAUGAAUAGAUGCUGUUUCCGGGAAAGGAGGACAGUACAUUUCCAUCCUGAUCAUCGACAUCCUGUCAGAUUGAUUCUUUCAGGGGAAUGUCAUCAUGCUUUGCUGAAUUUGACCUUAAUGGGCUGGGUGACCAACGGUCUUCAUAAAACAAGGCAUGCCUGAUGUACAAAAACAUCCUGGACUUAAUUCGUCUGACGUAAUUCACACAUAAAAUGAAUCUUAAAUUGAUUGUUCCUUUAAAAAUCAUUCUUUUUUUAAAUAUCUGUGCCUCCAAAACUUUCUGAAGGUUGGUCUUUGCAUCUAUAGAGCCCUGAUCAGAACCAGUGGAAGCCCGUGUGGCACCUCGGGAGUCCGGGGCCAGGCAGUGCCUGCACCAUGCAGCCGUUUAACUUCCCAGACAUCCCCCUGGACAUCUACAUGGUCAUCUUUGGGACAGGCAUCUUCGUCUUCAUCCUGAGCCUUAUCUUCUGCUGCUACUUCAUAGGCAAACUUAGGCACCAGGCUCAGAGUGAGAGAUUCGGAUACAAGGAGGUCAUAUUCAAGGGAGAUACUAAGAAACUAAAUCUACAUGGGCAGACAUGUGCCGUUUGCCUGGAGGAUUUCAGACUAAAAGAAGAGCUGGGGGUGUUGCCAUGCCAACAUGCCUUCCACAGGAAGUGUCUUGUGAAGUGGCUGGAGGUGCGGUGUGUCUGUCCCAUGUGCAACAAGCCGAUCACUGGGCCACACGAGCAGCAUCACAGCCUGGGGACCCUGCUGGAUGAGCUGGUGUGAGAGGCCUGUCCCGGGCAGGACUACCAAAGAAUGGACAGCAAAAUGGAGACGUCUGCCUACUUAACCCUCCUGAACUAUAAAGCCAUUCUCCAAACCAUAAUUAUAGACUUACUCGUUAAAGGAAGAGCUGGGGUAGCGCAACAGAGCUACGGGAUGGAACUUCGUGCAUCUCUGAGACUGCAUGGUUUCUAGCCCAUGGAUUAAAAUCAUGAUUUUAAGACUCCAGAUUAGAUUUAUAUUGCUUGGGGAGUGGCGGUUCCCUCACAGCUGGAUUGUUCCAGCAGGACACACAUAUGCGCUGCACUGGACUGCAAAACAGCGUAAAUCAUAACAUUUCUCUCUUCUGCCGAGAACCUUUUUUCUACAGACUUUCAAAAGCAGGCUUUUCGAAUGAGUGUUUGGUUUCUUUUUUUUUUGAGCACCUUGUUUUGAAAGAGAAUAGGAAAUUGCACACAUCCGUCUACCCAUGGAAGACCGACCGUCAUCGAAAAACAUAGUUACUGGCAGUUUCAAAAAUGCAGUGCCACUGGUAGGUGCUCUGUGGGUAGCAGACAGCUGCAAAGGUGCCAGGGUAGGAAUUUUAAAAAAACAGUCCUACAGAGUUUACACUGUGGUUUGGUCUGCAAUUCCUGCUUGUGGUGUACAACAAAACUUUGACAUUCCUAUCUAUAAAUGUAAUUUUACAUCAAUAAAUGUUAUGUAUUAAAAAUACAUUUAGAAAAAAAAAUUAUAUAAUGCUUUUGUAAAUUUAAAUAAACAGAAUGUGCAAUGA